AUGGCCAGUUUGAUUCCUAUUUCGACCUACAACUUGGCCGUUAAGCCAUUCUUCCCAGUCCCUGCUAUCGAGGAUGAAUAUCCAGUCACCAUCAGAUUGACUUUGGCUGCUGUUGACCCAGAAGCUGUCGACGACAAGGAAGAGCCUUCCACCUUGAGAUUGUUGAAGAGAUCGAAUCCUUUCAUUGACGAUGAAGAAGACGAUUUCGAAGACGAAGAUGAAGAAGAUGAAUUAGACGAAGACGAAGACGAAGAAGAAGAAGAAAAGGAAGAAGACAAAAAGUCCAAGAAGUCCAAGAAGACUAAGAGGGCCGAAAAGGAAGAAGAAGAAGAAGAAGACGAAGAAGAAGACGAAGACGACGAAGACGACGAAGAUGACGAAGACGAUGUAUCUGAAUUUGUUGUGUGUACUUUGUCUCCAAAGGUUCAAUACCAACAAACCAUUGACUUGACCAUCUCGCCUGAUGAAGAAGUCUACUUUGUAGUCACUGGUUCGUACCCAAUUCACUUGACUGGUAACUAUGUUGAACAUCCAGCAGACGAAGACUCCGACGACUCUGACUACGACGAUGAAUACUACGAUGACGACGAAUAUGACUUGAGUCCAGAAGAAGACGAGUUGGUUGGUGGUUACAACUUGGAAGACCUUGAAGACGAAUCUGACAUCGAAAGUAAGAUUGAAGAGUUGGUUGAAGAAGAAGAAGCCAAGGGAACGAAAAAGAGAGCCGCCGAAGAAUCUGAAACCAAGUCGGCCAAGAAAUCCAAGAAGGAAGAAAAGAAGUCUGUUCAAUUCACAAAGGAAUUGGAACAGGGUCCUACUGGCUCUACUUUGGUUGACAAGAAAAAGGAAAAGAAGGAAAAGGCAAAGGCAAAGAAGGAAGAAGCCAAAGCUAAGAAGGAUGAAGCCGCUAAGGAAGCCAAAGAAGCUGCCAAGGAAGCUGCCAAGGACGGCAAGAAGUUCCCUACCAAGACCUUGUUGGGAGGUGUUGUCACCGAAGACAGAAAGGUCGGUACUGGUCCAACUGCUAAGUCUGGUAACAGAGUUGGCAUCAGAUACGUCGGAAAAUUGAAGAACGGUAAGGUCUUUGACAAGAACACUACUGGUAAGCCAUUUGCUUUCGGCUUGGGUAAGGGUGAAUGUAUCAAGGGUUUCGAUUUGGGUGUUGCUGGUAUGGCUGUCGGUGGUGAAAGAAGAGUUGUAAUCCCAGCCAAGAUGGGUUACGGCUCGCAAGCCUUGCCAGGCAUCCCAGCCAACUCCGAAUUGACUUUUGACAUCAAGUUGGUUUCCUUAAAAUAAGUCAUUGACUAUAGAAAAUGAACAUGUACGUGGUAAGCAUGUAGAUAAAUUAGAGUGAAAAUAUAGGCUAGCCAUC